CAAGUCACAAGUGAAUAUCUCGAGAUAUAUACGUUCUCUUGAAUAGCCACGAGUGGCCUUCACAGCAUUACCUGUCUCAGGGUCUAACUAAGGAAAGUGGACGGUGACGGUUUGCUUCGUCCGGCAGUUGGCGUGAUCUCGCUCUUCCUUCGGCAAAUUGUUAGGUUACCGUUAGCCAGACCUCAUCAUGGCUUCCUUCCUGAACUGCCCUGAGUCCGAUACGGGCUGCUUAUACCCGUCUUAGAAAAUGCACGAUGACUUUUUCAGGCUGUUGUUAUACCGCAUGAUCGAGAUGGUGUCUCGAUCAAGGUCCACUUCUAGAUGGAGUACAGCUACAUCCAGAUGUUUACACAACUCUCUGCGCAACCCUGUAGUGCUAUUUAAGCUACAGACUCGUCUUCUCUCUUAUCCUUUCUCAAGCUAUGGCGAUGCAUCCACCACAGUCCACGACGCCGCCGUUCGAUACACCUAUCAAAAGACCUGGCAGGGCCUUGAUAGCUUGCACGCAUUGUCGGAAACGCAAGAUCAAGUGUCAAGCGAAGACCCUGACAGGUCGCAUAACAGCCCUUGCGAGCGAUGCACAAAAAAGCAUUUGAAAUGCGAAUAUGUCCCUGUGGACGGGUCGGCUCCAGCGACGUCGCCUUCCCCUCCAGCCAUAGCUCAUACCCACUGGCCCAAUAAUCCCUGUACUCCCACCAUCCAGCCGAACAGCGCGCCUGGAUAUCCACAAUCUAACAUGGUCCGCCCUGAGGCUGUUCCGUCACCGUACAUCUCUCAUAAUAACCCCAACCAUACGGAAUUCCGUUUGGGCUAUGAACAUCCCUCCUACUACCAGUCCGGAAACACAGGCAGAGACAUGGGGGUGUUCGCGUCCGACUCUUGGCCGCGCCCCCGCUUCUACCCAAACGAGAUGGAUGUCUACAUGGAUCCUGGCGCAGCUGCAUACAACCAGGGGCUUCUGUUCACGCCCGGCGUCGAGCACAGGUGGUCGUCUGGUGUUAAUGGACACGGUAACUCUUAUGUGGCCGAGACACAUCGGAGACAUAAUUGCCAGGGAGAACGAUGUGUCGGCUGCAACAUCACCCAUCACGGGUGAUUGAACCUGACAGCUUUAUCUUGUUUAUCUUUAAGAACCCUUCUCUACUUCGUGAUAAACCCAUUCCAACAUUGUAUUGAUAAAGGGCUGAUUCUUGUUACUU